CUCCUUCAUUUUGUUUCCCAAAGUGAAGGCCUUGGAGUCUUUCAGCAACCUUCUAAACAAAGUCUGUUUGAUUCAUGUAAGAUGUCUCGCGGAGGGCCGUUCACAGAGGACAGAGUGGAGGAUGUGAAAGCCCUCGUCAAGAUUGUGCCUGUGUUCGUGGCUCUGAUCCCUUACUGGACAGUGUAUUUCCAGGUGGGUGUGCAUGCCGGCUGGACAGCCCCUUGCCCAGGCGCGCUGCCCUCACAUGUUCUGUGUAAUACUGAGGGGAUUUUCCCAGCGGCCUGGCUCACCAUGUUCGAUGCCGUGCUCAUCCUGGUGCUCAUCCCGCUCAAGGAUAAGCUGGUGGACCCCAUCCUGAAGAGGCACGGCCUGCUGCCGUCCUCCCUGAAGAGGAUCGCUGUGGGCAUGUUCUUCGUGAUGUGCUCCGCCUUCGCUGCAGGUAAGCCCCUCUGUCCCCUGCCGCUGCUCUGUGGUGUGCUCACCAUACCCAUUCAUGUCCUUGGGAUGAAUCAUGUGAAGGGACAAGUUCUGGGAGUAGUCACCUUCUGGGAGCAAGCCUUCCGCAGUGUGUCUGAGGUGGGGCUGGUUUUGUGCUUCCUGAUGCUUCAGGAGCUGUCAUGUGGGCGGAGCAGCCACUGCUGCAGGAGGGAAGUGGUCACCUCCUGGGCUCCCUUCCUGCACCAGGAGGGGCAGGGCGCCCCCAGGUGUCAGGUGCCCCUAACCCGAAGCCCUCCCCUCCCCCCAGGUCUGGAGUUCGCCUACUCGGCUGCCCCCAGGUCCAUGCAGAGUGCCAUCAUGGGCCUCUUCUUCUUCUUCUCUGGCGUCGGGUCCUUCGUGGGCUCAGGGCUAUUGGCCCUGGUGUCCCUCAAAGCCAUCGGAUGGAUGAGCAGCCACACCGACUUCGGCAACAUCAACGGCUGCCACCUGAACUACUACUUCUUCCUGCUGGCCGCUGUCCAGGGGGCCACCCUCCUGCUCUUCCUCAUCGUCUCUGUGAAGUACGACCGGCAACGAUCCAGAGCAGAUGGGACCCCUGCCAGUGCCCGGGCCUGAUCUGAGAGUCGCUGUGGCCCUGGACUGAGUGUGGGACAGUGGGCAGGCCUGGGUGGGCUUGUGGGCUGGCCGCUGGCCUUCUGUGCUCGCGUGCCGUCUACACCCUUCCCCUUCCCUCUGCCCCUCGAGCUGGUGAGUGC